AUGUCAGGUUUUACCUUUAAUUUUGGUGGAGGUGGUGGUGCAACUACACAACCUGCUUCAACAACAACUGCAACAACUACUGGUGGCACCACAGGAGGAGGAGGAGGAUUUUCUUUUGGAGCAAAUACUACACAACCAGCCACAACAACAACUGGUGGAACUACUGGUGGAUUUAAUUUUGGUGGUACAACAAACCCUACAACAACAGGGACUACAGCCACAACAACAACUGGUGGAACUGGAGGAUUUUCAUUCGGAACCCCUUCUACUACUGGAGGAACCACCACAACACAGCCAACAACAGGAGCAGGUUUUAAUUUUGGUGGUACAACAACAGCCCCUACAACUACUGGUGCCACAGGAACAACAACUAAUACCACAACAACAGCUCCUACAACUGGAUUUAAUUUUGGAGGAUCAACAGCCCCAACAACAAAUACUACCAAUCUCACCACCACAAAUAAUAAUACUACAACAAAUGCUACAGUCACACCACAACAACCAAUCACUCCAAAAACACAAUUCCAAAAACUUCCAGACCAAAUGAAAAAACAAUGGGAACAAUUUGAAAAGGAAAAGACCGAAACUAAAAGAAAUGCUAUGGAUAUUGUUAAACAACAAGAAAAUUCGAGCGAUUUGAACAAGUUAAAGAGACAAAUUGAAAGAGUUGAAAAGAAAAUUAAUACAUCUAAAGUAAAUAUCACACGAGCAAAGGAUAAUGUGGAAAGAAUUAAACAUGAUGUAUUGGUCGAAUCAAAGAAUGCAGAACAAGCUCAAAAUAAUUUUAACAAGCUCAGAUCAGCCUACACCAACACUGAUCCAAACUAUUCAUCGACCUAUUUCAUCAAUACAGCUCAAAAAUUGGAACAAAGAAUGCAAGAAAUUUGGAAGCAAAUUGAAGAUGUCGCUCAAACUCUUUCACACAGUGAGGCUUAUCAAUUACCAUUUGGUCAAUUACUUCAAGGAACAAUUGUUUCACAACAACAAGCUUUUUUCAAUGCUGCUGCUAGGUUAUCUGUGUUGCAUGAAAAGGCUAAUGAGUUGAGAGAUGAAUAUAUUCGUACCUAUCAAAUUAGAGGUGAUCCUUUCAAAGAACCAUCCAAGACAUCCAAACCAUCUUAUAAUUAUUCAAAACUUUCGAAUUCUUCCUCUCUGCCUGGUCUCAAUAUUCCAACAACUCAACCAACCACCUCUACCACAACUCAACCUACCACUAAUACAAGUGGAUUUAACUUGGGAACAACAAAUACAGGAUUUGGACUCACCAAUACUGCCACAACAGGAACAACCACCACAGGUUUUGCAUUUGGAACACCAACCACCAAUACGGCAAAUACUGGUACUGGUUUUAAUUUUAGUACUCAAGCUGGAUCCAGUUCAAAUAAGCGUAGAAUGUAA